AUGAAGGUCACCUUUCUUGCAACCACUGCCGUUCUGAUCGGCCCAGCCUUUUCAUAUCUGCACAGGCGCGAUGAAUGCGCAACUCGCUGUACUGACGCAUACAAUGCAUGCACAGUCAAGCCCGAUGCGAGCCAGGCCUUUUGUGCGACCGAGUACUCGAACUGUGUGGGAUUUAAUGUCUUCUUGGGCAAGAACUCUGUCCCAGCUCUUACUGCAUGCUCCGCAGGUGCUACAGGUCUCUCGUCAAUAGGAGCAUCAGUGGCUAGUACUGGACUCAGCACAACCUCUACUGCCGCGGUUCCAACAAGUACCGUAGCUAGAGAGGUAUCUACAACUACAGCUGCUUUAACUGCCGACACUGUUGAAACUACCGCGAUAGCUGCAAGUUCAUCUUUAACGGACGCAGCGGCCUCAAUCCCCGAAACAUAUGAUUGCGUUACAGAAUGCAACGAUAACUACAACAUCUGCCGUACGGCACCGAGUGCCAACAUGGCAAGCUGCGCUGCUCAGUACGCUCAGUGUCUUGGGUACAACCCUUUCGGCGGAAAUGGCUCGCUGGCUACACCAACUGCUUGCUCAGACGCCGACCUCAGCACAACUCAACUCACCCAACCAGUCACAACCUCCGCACCAGCAACAAUGGUCUCAAGCACUGUAUCUGUGUCCAGCCAACAAGUCAUAUCGAUUUUACCAGUCACAAGUCUUGAGCAGCCGAUAGCCACUUGUGCGGACCUGUGUAUGGGAGGUACUACUACUACUACCGAGGGUGAAGCACCACCAGUGGCCACAGGGACACCCGUCGUGAUUGUCGAUGGUGCAGGAAACGUUCGACCUUUUAUGGCUUUUGCUGCAUUAGUUGCCCUUGCUGCAGUCUAA